AUGGACAUCGAUACUCCUGGCGAGCUACGGUGCUGCUCUCUUGCUUGGAUCUCAUAUAACGCCCGCAAGACACCGUUAAUCGCCGGUUUCAUCUUCAUCCUCCUAGCCACUAUUUUAUUCGUCUGCGCGCGUGACCCAUGGGUUUUGGUUCUUGCUCGGGUUUGUCAAGGAUUCUCUGGCGCGGUGGUGGGAGUUUUGGGGUUAAGCAUGAUUGCCGAAACGGCCAGUCCGGAGAAUUCGCGGGCGCACAUGGCUUGCGGGUCAGCAGCCUUAACAUGGGGAAUGCUAUGUGGCCCUAUGGCUGGCGGAUUUCUGUUUGCGAAAUUUGGCAACGUUGGUGCUUUCGGUGCCCCGAUUGUCCUACUUGUCGGAGAUAUCAUUCUGCGGUUAUUGAUCGUCGACAAGAGCGAAGACGAUAGCGACAGGAGUUUCGAACCUUGCUGCGAUUUCGAUCCCUCAGAAGAGCCUCUUCUCUUGGACAGUGAUUCACACGGUAGCUCCUUGAGUCUAUAUAACUUCUUACACCCAACAUUCCUGGGCGUUAUGUUUUCUGUCCUUGCAGUCUCCUGCAUUCUGUCCGCAUAUGAAACGACCCUCCCCCUUUUUGUUAUGGAUACAUACCACUGGUCUAGUUUGGGUGCCGGAUUCAUUUUCCUCCCGCUCACCGUACCCGCAAUCCUCAGCAUUCUAGUCGUUCACUACACAAGGCAUUGCAAGCCCCGCAAUAUUGUCAUGACCGGCUUCUUCCUGAUGGUCCUACCAAUGGCAACGUUGCGGUGGACGCAAGUGAAUAGCGUUAAGCAUGAGAGCCUACUUGUCUCCAUGCUCUUCAUUAUCGGACUCUGCAUUACUACGGUGCAAGCGAUUACGAUUGGAAAUAUCCCCAAUGCCGUACAGAGAAUCGUGAGCCUUUACGGAAUUACAGAGAAGGGCAGUGGCGAGGGACGUGGCUAUGCAUUCUGUAACAUGGCUUUUGCUGGCGGUCAAGCGGUUGGGCCUGUGCUUGGUGGAAUUGUUAAGCAAAAGCUUGGUUGGAGCUCCAUGACACUAGUCCUUGGAGGUUUGUGUCUGGUCGCUGGCGUUAUCUCAUUCUUCUCCAUAUCCGCAGACCCGAACCUCAUCGAUGAAGAGGAAGACUAA